AAGUAAUCGUAUUAAGUUUAACAUAAGUUGUUUCAACAGCAUAUUUAGAGGAAUUUUCUUUGAACGUUGACUAGUACAAUCGUACUAACAGCAUUCCAUGUGUUUGUGCGGGGGCCACGGUGAACAGUGCUGGUAAAUGUCCCUUCCAGAAUUUUGAGGAUAUCUUAUAUUAUUACUAAAGUAUGGAAUCUCAAAUGAUCUUUUGUAAAUGCUGCAAGUGACCAAAUGGUUGCAAAAUGAAGGCAUCCUCUCCACAUACAUCCCUGCCUUCACCCCAGCAGCAACAGCACAUUUCCCCACAGCAACUGUCCAAACAGCACCAAGUCCUACAGCCUAGUCGUCAGCACCAGCACCAGUCACCCUGGCAGCAACAACAGGGCAAAUGCCAGAAUCAGACCAUGAGUCACCAGUCCCAGACAAUGAACCACCCCCCUCAGUCAGUGCGUUCACAAGGAAGAGAUGCGGGGGAGAGGAACUAUGAAUUUUUAUCCCAUGUUGGUCAAGGAGCUUAUGGUCAGGUAUACAAAGCUCGAGAUCCAAACAAAGAAGGAUCUGUCGUUGCCAUUAAACAAAUUAGAAUAAGGCGACAGGGCAGGCAUUAUGAAGCUGGGAUGCCGAUGGCUGCAGUGCGUGAAAUAUCCUUGCUGAGACAGUUGGAGAGUAAAGAACACCCCAAUAUUGUCAAAUUACUAGAUGUUCAUCAUCAAGCUGUCUCAGAUAAAGAUAUUUGCCUCUCUCUAGUGUUUGAAUUUAUUGAUCAGGAUUUAAAUUCCUACCUGGAGAGAUGCCCUCCUCCCGGAUUGGGACCAGACAGAAUUAGAGAUCUAAUGGUGCAGAUGGUGAAUGGCAUUGACUUCCUUCACAGCAACCGCAUAGUGCACAGAGAUCUGAAGCCUCAGAAUAUACUCAUCACAAGUGAUGGGAUUCUCAAACUGGCUGACUUUGGUCUGGCCAGGAUCUACUCCUCUGAUAUGAAGCUGACUUCAGUGGUUGUUACACUGUGGUACAGAGCACCUGAAGUUUUGUUGACUGGUAAAUAUUCUACUGCUGUUGACAUGUGGAGCUGUGGUUGCAUAUUUGCUGAGCUUUACCUGAGGCGGCCAUUAUUCAAAGGUACCUCAGAAGGUGAUCAACUUAAAAAGAUAUUUGAUGUGAUUGGACGGCCUGAUCUGGCAGAAUGGCCAGAAGACGGUGUCCUUACUUGGACCUCAUUCAGACCAACUCUACCUCCACCUUUAGACAGUAUAAUACCAGAGAUAGAUGGCUUAGCAAAAGAUCUUCUAGAGAAACUGCUUAUUUUCAACCCAGAGCGCAGGAUCCAUGCUAAAUUUGCCUUACACCAUAGCUAUUUUAGAGAUGAUUUUGACAGGACUUCAAGUUCACUUUCAGAAAAUGAUUCAGAUGAUCGAUCCGAUACACCUGUCAGCAAGUAAAGAUAAAGCUACCAUGAGAUUAGAUUUAAAACAUAUCAAAAUCCAGCAAGAACUAGCCACAAGCCUAUAACUAGCCUAUGGAGAUUAUUGGUAAACUGGCCAUUUAUCUUUGGCAAGGUUUCAGUUUAAAUGAUUAACGGAAAAUAUUUGUUCCAUUAUAACAUAAAUUGUUUUUAAAUAUUUUACUGCUAGAAACUUCCAAAAUAUUUAUACAUUAUAGCCCUAUAGUUUGUACUGAUAACAUUUUUGUGACAAAACAAAAAUAUCCAAGGUUUAGUACACAGUAAUGACAAGCUCCAAUGAAGGCUUUGGUCAUUGGUUAAUUUUUUUUCUUUACACAUCAGCAACAACUACCUGUUUAUUCAUUUUAGUUUUUCCAAUAAGUGAAAAUUCUAAAGCUUAGUAUAGACCAUUGGCCUUGCUAGCGUUUUUAGUGUCCAUGACCGUACAUUGUAAAAACUGAUUAUUCUUGUUUAGGAUUUGUUAAAAAAAUUUUUAGGGGAAAUACAUAACAGUCUUUGAAAGAAAAAAAUGGCGAAGGGUCCUUGAGCAAAAUUUUAUGAAGCAGAUAUAAAAAGUUUGUUUUUUAUGUUGAUGCUUUGUCUGGCUAAAAAAUUUAGCAUAAAAUCAUAAUGAAUCUCUUGAACAAACUUGUGUUAAGUAGGUUUGUUUUCAUCAUCAUUAGAAUAACUAUGUAGGUAAUUUUUUUUUAAAUAUUUACCAAGGAUAUGUUCACUUAAAUAAAUUCUCCUAGCUUUUAGCUACUUUUAGAACUGAUGUAACUAGAUUAUUUUGCAUUGCAAAAAAUGUUGUUGUAAAAAGUAUAUUAUUAUUAUAUCAAUGUAUUUUAAGUCCAAUAGUAUUUCAAUGUUAAACAGUACUGAAACCAAGGAUGUUGUAAAGAUGAGGGAAUGUGGUUCCCUAUAAGCUCAGUGUAUCAUGUUUGUUUAUGGAAUACAAUGGCUCAAUAGAAAAACAUGCAAACACUAACCAGUAUUUGACAUCAAAUAUCCAUCGAGAUGAUGGUAAAAGAUUUUAGAGACUCUGCUCUAAUUCCUUAGCUUCAGACAUAGAUUUGAAUUUCCUAUUUGGUACACUUUUCUUAAAUUGUAAUGUAAACUAGUUAUUGUGAGAAAGUUGUAGAGAAGUCGUUUUUGUGGUAAACUAUCUUGCUUACAUGUUUAAGUGCUAGUAGUAUAAAUGAUAUACAAGUUGAUAUUAAAAUACCAUUUUGUUGUUUAUUUUACAAUUAGAAUAAAAUAAAUUAAAGGAUUGAUAGAUGAUUUAGAGGUGUAUUAAACACAUUAUUAUGGUUUUUAUUAUUAUAACUAGAAUAAGAUCAAAUACAGGACUAAUGUUUUAUUAGAGGUGUAUUUGAUAUUAGUUUUUAUAGCAUAAAAGUAAUAAAAAAAACAUUCUGUCAAUGAGAAACUUACUCUUCCCUUAUAUUAUCCCCAAAGAUCACUGAUGUUUGUUAGGUACUUAAUUGUGCUGGGACAGAGUUCUUAAGAAAAGUUUCUACUUAACUCCUAGUUGAAGAGUUACCCAGUGAAAUAUAACAUGUAUUUGCUGAUGUUAGUGUAUGCCUCCUGGUUUAUCUGGCCCCUAUAGUAUUUUGUACAUUACUUAUUGAAUGCUUCCUAGUGGCGACAAUGUUUCUUCCAUUGAAUGUGUACUUGCUUUUAUUAGUGUCCUGGCAUCUGACUAAAUGGUGGUGUCAGGGUGGAGAUGAUGCCUGCUUACUUUAUUAUAUUACUUUACAACAAUUUACAAACAUGCACAAACUUUGAGGCGGUAAAUCUAAUACAAGGUAAUGGUGUUGAAUGAUCGAAAUAGUAAUGCCUUGUGUGAUAAGACAGAGUUCCCAAUAUGGUAUUUUAAAAUUUGAAAGUAUUAUUGUAAAAAUUGUCCUGUCUGUUUAUUCAUCAACUUUAAAGCAAUUAUGUACAAUUAUAAUCAUCCUUUUGACUAUUCUAAAGCUCUUUCAAAUGUUAUUGUAAAUAUUUUUCCUAUCAUAUUUGUUAAUUUCCAUUGAAAGUACUUUUAAAUUUCAUUUUUUUUUAAACUUGGUAGACUAGAAAUAAAUAAUGUAACAUGUAUUAUUUCUGUUGGUUGGAUGUUAAAAAACUUUUCAGCACUUGUGUAAGCAUUUUUUAUCAAUUUUAUUCAACAACCUCCUAUUCAGCUCCUUGCUUGUUUUUGACCAGUUCCUACAUUUUUCUACAAUGUUGGAAUAAGGCAGACAUCUUUGUCUCACUGAGCAUUUUUACAGAUCUGAAAUAUUUUUUUCUAUGGCUAAUGAAAAUAUAACAAUGUAAUUUUUAAAAUUGCAUAAAUGCAAGUUUUAUAAUAAUUAUAAACAUAUUUUUCAAAACUUGCAUUAAAUGCUACUCUUUCUGUAAUAUUUUAUGGUAAACUUUUACACUACAGAUGAUCUUUUCCUGUAUUGGACUUAAUGUUAAUAAGUUUUAUCUUGCCAUUUAUUUUGUUGCUAGUCUGUUUAGAAGCGAAAAAGGAAUAAAUACACAUUCAAAUGGUAUUUCUAGUAGAAAUAAAAAAAAACCUCAUACUCUUUCAUGCUGGAUUAUGUACUUGUGGAAAGUUUAGGGAUGCCAGCUUAUAAAAGUCUCAAUACACAUUUUUUUUGUUAUAUACUAACUUUAACAUUACAAAGUUAAUAAAUUGCUCUCUUUUGUGGGGCAUGCAAGACUAGCUAAUUACAUUGCUUACUUAUUUUUUGUAGAUAUUUCAUUUAAUGCAGAUUUCUGGGGGGGAGGGUACAUAAAAUCUGUGGAAAGUACAGAGUUCUUACACCACCUGACAAUUGAUUUUUUUUUUGGUCAGGUUUUAGUUUCUGCAUCUGGUAUCUUUUGAAUGUGGUUUAUAGACUGUAUUGUAACACUGGUGACUGCUCAUGGUUUGAGCCUGUCAUAACUUGUGCUGUUCUAGUACUGUUGUUUGUCAUAUACUUAUGUAACUUUUUUUUUCAUAGGUCUGCUAGUCAUUGCAGCCUGUGAAUUGAGUGACAUACUUUUUACUUCAAUUAGUUAAAAAUUUGUUGUCAGUAUAUUAAGGGAACAAUUACUAUAAAACAGUGAAUCGGGCAUUUUUUUUAGUAUUCUGUGGAGCUUUUAGAAACUUUUGAAUGUGUCAACAGGGUCCAAAUGUUACCACUUGAAUCAAAUUUUUAUUUUCUACCGUCCAAUGGACACAUUCCAUUCCUAGCCCUAUAUGUAUAUGUAGGUUUAUAUUCCACAUCAUGUUUCACAUGGGACCAUUUUGUUAUUUGUUAAAUGGAGACAUAAAAACCAAAAUGUAACCACUUAGUAGUAUAACAAACUUGCAGUAAAUGUACGAGUGGUUCAAAUUUAUUUUCUUUGCUUCUGGCAUGAAUAUUAUUUGAUGUUAUAUUGAAUUCAUUUUGUAACAAAUAAAUGUACCACACAAAAGCUAA